ACACAAGAAAAGUUUCUUCGAUUAUCCUAAUAUGCCUCUACCAGAUACUUUUUCCAACUCACUUUCUCUAAUUACAGACAAACAAAGUUAUAAUAUCAACGAAUUAACUAAUAUAGUUAAAGCUGGAGUACCUCAAUUAAAUCCAAAGCAACUCACCAUUUUCAACAAAGUAAUUGCUGCAGUUGACAAUCGAAAUCCUACU